AUGAUCUUCAUUUCCAAUCCAAAUUUGGACACGAAUGGUCACGUGACCGCGGACGAGGUGCUUGAUGUGAUUAAGGAUUUAAGGAAGGAAAAAGAGACUGGAGAGGUGCCAGUUUCCAAAGAGGAGGUGGAGUUAUAUAAUAAGGUAAAUCAAGUUUGUUUAUCACGUUUAUCACCAGAAAUUAAAAAAGAAGAAAUUCCAGUUGACGAAAAAGUUGUACAUAAGCGAUGUAACAAGGAAGAGUUGAGUAGAGGGGUAGUUAGUAGUGAUGAUACUAACGAAGAGAGUGGAUCAGAAACAACGCUUACAGCAGUGGCGAAAAAAGAUAAAUCCGCUCAAAGAGGGAAAGGGUAG